AUGGCUGUCCCUCCCGGGCACCACUCAAACACGAUCGCCGAGUACCAAGAUGCGAGACGAAGGGGCCUCUUCGUGUGCCAUGGCUGUAAGGGCCGCCUCAUCCUCGAGCUCUUCUGUCUUGUGGCUCCUAAUGGCGUGGCAAGACCUGAAGAUGUCAGACUGAGCUUAAAGGGCUUUCAAGAUGGCUCAUUUCUGCCUCACUACGAGCAAGCUCUCUGGGAGAGGCCUGGGUUCAACUUCCCAGGCCUCAAACCGCUUCGACGUAGCUGGGGCAAAAUUAUACUUCAUCUGGCCAAGGAGCUCGCAUCAAACAUCCAGCUGCAAGAUGGUGGUGCGAUUGGUCUUCUUCCCAUGGCAGAGACAGUCUGGACCCUCAAUGCCGAGUCAGCAUACAGAUGGUGGAAGGCAGCCAAUGCGGAGCGUGCCCAGGCCAGACAAGCUAUCACUGAGGCGGGAAGACUUAUUACGGGUCCGUCCGGUUCAUCUACUGUUGCACCGACGGUCGUGAUAGAUACUUCGAGUGCCAUUGAGAUUACAAGCGUUACAGCGGACUUACAAACCAACCCAAACGGUCCUCCUCGUGCCGAGCAACCCCCUGCCUCUUUGGAUUUGGAUGCUUUGGAGGCAUUGUUCAAUAAACUUUUGAAGCAACACGACGCUGUCCAAGAAUCAGAAACGCACGCAAUCGAGUAUUAG